UAUUAUUAUUGUUAUUAUUAUUAUUUAUUUUGUUGUUGUUGUUGUUGUUAUGCAUAUCAAAUAUUCAACUAUAUUCAUAUGUUCAAUAUUCACAUUCAACUCAUUUAUAAGAUUGUAACUGACAAAGUUUAUAUAGAGAGUAAAAACCGCGCAUGCGCAAGAUUGCGACACCCAAAAACAUGGUGCGCUGCUAUUCCGGAGUUUAUGGUAAAUCUUGCUGGAGUUCGCCUACGUCGGCUGGGAGAGCAGCCUGUCUCCUGGCUGGGUGUAGCGAUGGAAGUCAGAAAGUUUGAAGACUCCAGGAGGAACUAUGGAGCCUGCUAAUGUUUAAUGGAUGAAACUUCUUUGUUUUCUCGACUCCUGUUUUUCUGAAGGUCAGUAGCAUCAUGGCCAGCUCGGAGGUCAACACAAAUAAGGACUGGUCUCACGAUGAAGACUGUGGGUCUUGUCUGACUGAAGAUCAGCUCGUCUCCAUCAGGAACAACAAUGAAGAACGUGAGUUUUUCGUGGUGCAUUACCUGAACGAUCUAAAGGAAAGGGGCGUGUCUCCGCUGCUUCAUAACACGCCCAUCACCUGCAGAGUGGAGAACACUGAGAGAUAUACCACUCGCUCCAAGGUGCGUGUUUGUUCUCUGUAUACAGUGCGUCUGACUCAUGGUGAAUUCACCUGGACUAUUAAGAGGAAGUAUAAGCAUUUUCAUGACCUGCACAGAGACCUGUACAAGCACAAGAUGAUGCUGCAGUUCCUCCCACUCGGGAGGUUUGCCAUUCAGAGGCAGCAGCUGGAGAGCAUGACUGAGGAGAUGCCCUCUCUGCACGGCACUGAGAGAAUGGGCAGGACAUCCAGCAAACCGAAAUACCUGGAAGAGUACCUGAACAGCCUUCUGGAGAACAACUUCUGCAAGAACUACAGUGGCAUGCUGGAGUUCCUCAGCAUCAGCCCUCUGUCCUUUAUCAAAGAUCUUGGACCCAAGGGACUUGAGGGAUUUAUUUCGAAGAGGUCAGGAGGUCACCGGAUCCAGGGCCUCAACUGCUUCGGCCACCAUCAGUUCUGCUUCCGCUGGUCGCAGCGCUGGCUUGUGGUCAAAGACUCAUUUCUGCUCUACAUGUCCAGAGAUCCAGGUGUGGUGUCCUUCGUGCUGCUCUUCGAUCCCGAGCUGAAAGUUCUGGUGGACCGCAGCUACACGGACACGAAACACGGGGUGUGCAUCGAGAACGUCAGCAGAAAGCUGAUCAUUAAGUGCAACAGCUACAGGCAGGCUCAAUGGUGGAGUCAUGAGAUACGGCGUCUGUCUGAACGUUGCGAUUUCCUCCAGACUCACCGCUUUGAUGGCUUCGCCCCGCCCAGACCCGACUCCUUCACCAAAUGGUAUGUGAAUGGGAGUGGAUAUUUCUCAGACCUGGCAGACGCACUGGAGAAGGCGAAGGAGGAGAUCUUCAUCACUGACUGGUGGUUAAGUCCCGAAGUUUACCUCAAGCGUCCUGCGAAAGGGACGUACUGGCGUCUGGAUCAGAUCCUCAAGCGCAAAGCAGAACAAGGUGUGAAGGUGUGUGUGCUGUUGUAUAAAGAGGUAGAGUUGGCUCUGGGCAUUAACAGCGGCUACAGUAAGAGAACCCUGAUGGGCCUGCACCCAAAUAUCAAGGUGAUGCGUCAUCCCGAUCACGUGGCCUCCGUCGUCUUCCUGUGGGCCCACCAUGAAAAGAUGGUGGCCAUCGACCAAUCAGUGGCCUUCGUAGGCGGGCUGGACCUUGCCUUCGGGAGAUGGGACGACAGUAACUACAGGUUGUUUGACGUCAUGGAAUCGCAAACAGCCAAUCACAGCGCAUGUCCAGUUCCCGAGACUGAAGGGGAGGAUGCAGUUAAUGUACCUCUAGCUGGUAGACCAGCUGGAAAAGGGUAUGAUGAGGUGGAUUUGAGCAGUAACACACUGUUAUGGUUGGGAAAAGACUAUAGCAACUUCAUCAAGAAGGACUGGACACAGCUGGACCAGCCUUUCCAAGAUAACGUGGACCGGACGCACGUGCCUCGUAUCCCGUGGCGCGACCUCGGAGCGGUGGUUCAUGGGAAGGCAGCCAGGGACCUGGCACGCCACUUUAUCCAGCGCUGGAACUUCAGCAAGAACUUUAAGAUAAAGUAUAAAGCCAAGUUUUACCCGUACCUGCUGCCCAAGAGUCACACUACUGCCAACGAGCUUCCCUUCAUCGUGCCUGGAACAGCCAAAGCGUCUGUACAGGUGCUUCGCUCGGCGGACCGCUGGUCAGCCGGGAUAUGUGAAUGUUCCAUCCAAACGGCUUACAUAGACGUCAUUGAGAACAGCCAGCACUACAUUUACAUAGAGAAUCAGUUCUUCAUUAGCUGUGCUGAGACACACAACACCAUAGGAAACGCUAUCGUCAAGAGGAUCCUGCGUGCACACAGUGAGAAACAAAAAUACAGGGUGUUUGUGUUGAUUCCUCUCCUGCCUGGAUUCGAGGGAGACAUCAGUGAGGGAGGAGGCAACGCCAUCCAGGCUAUACUGCACUUUACCUACAGGACAAUCAAUCGUGGAAAGAACUCCAUUCUAUCCCGACUCAAGGAACAGAUGCAGGACGAAUGGACGCAGUACAUCUCUCUGUGUGGCGUGCGCACGCGCGCUGAGCUCGGCCACACGCCCAUGACUGAGCUCAUCUACAUCCACAGCAAGGCGCUGAUCGCUGACGACCGCCGCUACAUCAUCGGUUCAGCCAACAUCAACGACAGGAGCAUGAUGGGAUGUCGGGACAGCGAGCUGGCUGUGCUGGUGGAGGACGAGGAGAGGGUUCCGUCCCGAAUGAACGGAGAGGAGUACGAAGCUGGGCCUCUCGCGCUCGCUCUGCGCAAGGAGUGCUUCAGGGUCCUGCUGGGAGCUGAAUCUGACCCCUCCAUCGAUAUCGACGAUCCAAUCAGUGAUCAUUUCUUCACCGAGGUGUGGAAUAAGAUCGCUCAAUCAAAUGCUUCCAUCUAUGAAACAGUUUUCCGGUGCCUUCCGUCAGACUCGAUCCGUAACCUGCGAGAGCUGCAGGAACACGUCAGCACGGUCGCUUUGGCCCAGAGCGACCCGGAGAAGGCUGCUGAGGAGCUGCGCGCCAUCCGCGGCAUCCUCGUCCACUUCCCCCUGCACUUCCUGUGCGAGGAGAACCUGCUUCCUCCAGCCGGCAGCAAAGAGAGGAUGGUUCCUCUAGACGUGUGGACAUAGUGGUGUAGUGGAUUGCAAAAUACAAACAAAAAAAAAAAACAAAUCACUAAUCUGGACACUAAUGUUUGCCCUGUAGUCAUGUUUUGAUGAGAUAGUGGACCAAAGUGUUUCCUGUCUGUGGUGAUGUGAUGAAGGAUCUGGUGUGGUGGUUGGAAAGUGAUUCCCCAAACCAAACUGAAGUGUACUGACUCAUGUCUCUCUGCAGGAGCAAGAGGAAGUGUGCGCUCUCCUGCAGAGGAUUUCUUUCAAAAUGGCUCGGUGGAAGCUGGAGAGAGCUGGGCUGCUGUAGAUUUGUAAAAUGGCGGGGUGUGUGUGAGGAGUGUUUAUGGAUGAAAUGAUCAGGACAGAAUGUACAUUUUGUGUUGCAGCAGCGUGUAGGCGGACUGCACCACUUUCUCAACCUCUUUUCCUAUAUCUCUUCAUUUUUUUGUCUCUCACUCUCUCUCUCUCUCUCUCUCUCUCUCUCUCUCUCUCUCUGGUGCUACACCUCUCGGUGCGGCGCCAGCAAAUCUGAGCGAACAUUUGUGGUUGUUAUGGUGACAGGUAAAGAAGAGCUGACAGAGAGAGAGAAAGAGAGAGAGAGAGAGAGAGAGAUGGAAGAGCGGAAACGAGAGAGGAAGUGUAGAUAAAUAGCAAAGGGAUGCAGCAAGAAGGGAAUCAGUUUUAAAUGGUUUUAAAAUGGUGAUUGAGGAGAGAAAGGGAUGGAGGGAUUGCCCUUUUAUGGGAUGAUAGAGGGGUGCGCAGGGGAAAUGAAACUAUGCCUGAGCUCUCCAAUAAUAUCCCUCUCCCUGGGAAUUAUGGUUAUGUAAUACAGUUGUUCUCAAACUUGAUGAUUGUUUGCAGGAAAAAAAAAAAAGAAGCGCUGAGAGAAAUGAAUGCGUAUACAACCUGGCCAGGGCCGCUUCAUUUAAUCACACGUUCAAACUGCUUAUGUAAUGCUGUACUUGACACUCACUUAAAGGAAUAUCCAUCAUCUGUCAACCUAAUGUCUAUCCACUGCUUGAUCUGUGAGUGAUUACCACGGACAAGGAUUUUGAAACAUUUCCCUGCACUGAGAAAAGAGCAACAAACCUGAAACCCGCUAAUAACGGGGCAGUAGUUGAAUUCUGUUAAUGAAUAUUAAAAAAUGUGCGACUAUAUGACAUGAAUUAAAAACUGCUGCCUUUACACUCAUACAGUAAAGGUGAGGCGAGAAAGUCCGAAGUUUAAUACUUACACAUUUCCGAACGUUCAGACAACUGAUGCGCAGCCCCAAAUUCUUCCUUAUUAAAACAUAAUCCCAGCUCUGAAAGAAUGAAUUUUGCAGCUUCAUGUACAACUAACUGACUGUAGAAUUCAUUAAACGUAUAUUUUCUUUCCGAACUGCCCUUAGGCUUUAAAUUGGAGUAAAAAGGUUAAUCGAUUUUAUUCUUAGAACAGGGAAACAUCUUGAAAGUCUUUUUGGUGGUUAUGUUGGUGGUUAUGACACAUACACUACAGAUGAGGUGUGUAUAUAUAUAUAUAUAUAUAUAUAUAUAUAUAUAUAUAUAUAUAUAUAUAUAUAUAUAUAUAUAUAAUCUCGAGAUUAGGAUGAUAAACAACACCAGAAUAUCCCUUUAAAACUUUUUUUUGUUUGGUUUUCUUGCACAAAGACGCUUGUUAUGUCUGAAACAAUACUACUACCACUAUACUAAACAGUAUGUCGAAAGCAGACUACACAGUGGGGAAAAAAACAUACUGUUGAAGUAAAAUUGUAGACCACCCUUGAGAAACUACAUACUAAUGUGCUAAAUAGUGUGUCAUAUAGUGGACCACCCAUAGAAAGCACAUACUACUAGACUGUAAUGACUACUGGAUGGCAAACACUAGAGCACUCAGGACAACAGCUACUACCUUACUAUAUAGUACUGAUGUACCUGAAUAUACAAAUACACUAUAUGGCCAAAAGUUUGUGGACACCAGACUGUCACACCCAUAUGUGGUUCUUCCCCAAACUGUUGCCACAAAAAUGGAAUUGUAUAGGAUGUCUUUGUAUGAUAUAGUGUUAGAUUUUCCUUCACGGCACCUGAGACCCAAACCUAUUCCAGUAUGAUAAUGCCCGUGGGCACAAACAGAGCUCCAUGUGGACAUGGUUUGCCAAAGUUGGAGUGGAAGAACUCAAGUGGCCUGCACAGAACCCUGACCUCAACCCCAAUGAACACCUUUGGGAUGAACUGGAACUCCGACUGCUCCGACUAAUGUUCUUGUGACUGAAUGAGCACAAAACCCCAUAGCUACACUCCAAUAUCUAGUUGAAAGCCUUCCCAGAAGAGUGGGGGUCAUUACGACAGCAAAGAGGGACUACAUGUGGAAUGAGAGGAUCAAAAAUCACAUAUUGAGUGUCAGGUGUCCACAAACUUUUGGCCAUAUUGUGUAUAUUAUUCAGAACGAACAGUGUAUUCUAAAUGGCUACAAAUGCAGAUAUAAAUAUGAAUUUCUUAAUUUAAGCCCUGUUUGCAUUUUGGCUUUAGUCCAUGGCUUUAGCACAGACAACAUAGCCUAUUAAGGUUCAUACAGGACUACACAAAUUCGGAGAUGCAACGUGAUAUAUUUUGUCGAGCUUAAAUCUGUGGACACUACGUUUUCCAACCUACAUUUAAAUCAUCCUGCUUUACCUUGGCAUCGUGCCAAGCCUAGUCGCAACGGUUUCAUUUAGGCUACUAGUUUGUUUAUAUUUUGGGAAACAGAACCAACUAAAUUCGUUAGAAAACCUCGCAGGCGGGUACAAACAAAAAUAAUAACUGCAAGAGCAUCUGCAUUGCACAUCUCUAAUUGAGACCAAGUAUGAACUCGAGUGAUGUAGCUGAGGUUGAGGAACUGUCAGAGCCACCUUACUGAUCCUGGCUGGCAUUUCUACAUCUGGGUUGUUUCCAGGGGUAAAAAUGUCUGGUUUAAGCCACGCCCACUCCGAGUAUGAAUCUGGAUAUGGAUAUUUGGAGCACUAACUAGAUACAGAUACAGGUCCGGAUUGUAUCGUUGUGUAACACUCCUUCUAGAUACUAUGUAAUACUAUUCCAUACUACUAAUACUCAGUUGUUGGUGGUCUAGUAUUUGACAGAAAUAAUGUAGGUGCUACUAAACUAAAGAGUAGACCACAUACAGAAAACCUAUGCUACCAUGUUAAAUAGACCACCCAUGGAAUAUGCAUAAUACUGUACUAAAUAAUACAUCAAAACAGUAGGUCACCAUGGAAACUGCAUACAGUUAUGGUAAAUCAUAUUCAGUUAUUUCUGACUUUCCAUUUUUUCAUUCCAUUUAUAACAGUAGUUUCGGUUAAAGAUUUUCUUUGCUACAUUCCAGCUACAUUAGACAAUGUUUAUUUUGUGUUACUGACUUUUGUUUUAUAUAUAUAUAUAUAUAUAUAUAUAUAUAUAUAUAUAUAUAUAUAUAUAUAUAAUCAUCUGUUGUGCUUAGUGAUUAUCAUUUCGUCAGCGUAGGAGUUUCGUCUGUCACUUUUAAAUAUAGAUGGUUAGUGCAAUACCUGUAUACUGUACCUGAAAAUCACUAUCUGAUUUUUUUUAAUGAACUUUUAUGGUGGUAUAUUUUUGUAUACUGUGCUCUAACUUUUUUCCUAAAUGGUAGAUAUUUUAGCAGAACCCUAAUUAGAACCCUCUGCAGAUUGUAAUGUAGGGUUCUCACUCAUUCUUUGCACCUCACUGAUACAGAAUACAGUACUGACGUGAUAUUUGUAUGUGCUGAUUUUUUUUUUUUUUUUUUGUGGCAAGCUCGCUAGCUAACAGACUGCCUGACUGACCAGCUGCUGCUAGCCCAGCAAAAUGUUCAAAAUAAAAUAACAUCAACCUUU